UUUAUCGUUUGUUUAAAGCAUUUUAAAUCAUUUAAUAGUAUUUAAAUAUUAUUUAAAAUUAAUGCCAUGCCUAUUUAUUUAUUUAUUUUUUUGGAUUUUCUCCUUUUUCUCCCAGUUUGGAAUGCCCGAUUCCCAAUGCGCUUUUUAAGUUCUCGUGGUUGCGUAGUGAUUCGCCUCGGCGUUGGAGGACGAAUCUCAGUUGCCUCCGCGUCUGAGACCGUCAACCCGCGCAUCUUAUCGCGUGGCUUGUUGAGCGCGUUGCCACGGAGACAUAGCGCGUGUGGAGGCUUCACGCCAUCCACCGCGGCAACCACGCUCAACUCACCACACGCCCCACCGAGAACGAACCACAUUAUAUUGACCACGAGGAGGUUACCCCAUGUGAAUCUACCCUCCCUAGCAACCGGGCCAAUUUGAUUGCUUAGGAGACUUGGCUGGAGUCACUCAGCAUGCCCUGGGAUUCGAACUAGUGAACUCCAGGGGUGGAAGCAGGCGUCUUUUACCACUGAGCUACCCAGGCCCCCGCCAUGCCUAUUUAUUUACAUUUUUAACUUAAACCACUAAUGGAAGUUGCUGGUCCAGGAUGAGAGCUAUUUCUGCUUCUAUGAGAUAUAGCUUCUCUCCUCACCAGCACAGGUGAUAGUAAUGCGGUUUAAAUAGCGCAGUUGUUGCUUCAGAAAUGUAUCAAGAGUCUCGUAUGCACUGUUCCAUCUGUUUUCUCUGUGAGUAGAAGAUCACACGUCCCAUCACAAAUGCUACAAUGAAUUUCAAACCUUUAUCAUCAGGUGUGCACACUGUCCACUUAACGUGUGUCUUUGUUUCUAUAUCUGUCUUUGGCACGCACCACUGUGCUGCCGCUGUUUAAACUGAACUCAGAAUCGUUUGAGAAAGAAUUGCUAUGCAUCACUGAAACAAUUUUUUCCCCCACUCCUAAUGAUAAUACCAUUAAUGUAAGUACCUUGGAGUACCAUGCGAAUAUCCUGGUGUACAGUAUGAAUAUGAAUGAGUACCAUGGUUUUUGGACAUGUACCAUGGUAAUACUAUGGCAUUAUUGGUACUUGUAAUACCUUGGAGUAAAAUGUAAAUACUCUGCUAAUCAUUUAGAACUAUGGUAUAUGUAUCAAAGUACCAUGGUAUUAUCAUCUGAUAACAUUUUUGUACCAAGGUACUUUUUUCUAUGAGUUUAAAAGUUGGUUCUGAGAAAAGGUGGAGGACAUGUGAUAAUGGAUCAUAACUCUCAUUAUGGUGCUUGUAAAUCUUGUUUUAUCAUUGUUUUGUUUCAUGUGUUUGUGCUGACAAAUAGGGGCCAAUAGUUGUUGUUGUGUUUCAUUCAAAUUUGUUGCUUAAUUUCAGAUAUGAUAAGCACUAAAUUUUUUAAUGAUUGUUGGAUUAUCCAACCCCUCUUGGUGCCUUUUUAUAUUUUUGCGUGAUUGUGCAGUUUUCAUGUGUGUGUGUUUUAUGAGUCAUGCAGGUGUAACAGGUGAGCAAGGGAGAGGAAAUGGGAUGUUUGUCUAUGUUUGACCUGUGGACUCAAUUAGCCGCCUUUAGACUGGGAGAGGCUCACGUGAGAUCAGCUAUAACAAUAUAAAGAAGCAAACAGAUGUAGGUCAGUAAAGCUCUGAGGAUGUGAGUCACUCCAGAGUGGAUCUUCAGCGGUGCUCUGCACGCACAGAGAUGCCGGCAUGACAACGGUGCCCAUCGGCAAUGCCAUAGCAACCACUCUCACCCAACCAGGGAAGUGCAUGGCUAGUGCUAACAUGUGGUACCUCCAGUCUCACACCCGACGGAAAGCACCCACACCCCACAGGGAUCCACAGCAGAAUUUUAAACCUUGACCUUCAGGUCCUCUCAGAGACCCUAUACUCAAAAUCAUCAAUAUUCACACACACUUUCUAUCUUGCCCACCGACUGCCCUUACCCUACAUACUGUGGCAAGCUCCUCUUCCUUCCUUAGAGCAAGCAUGGCUGGAGGUUAAUGUACAAAUGUCUACCUCAUGCUUAAAGGUCCACUCUCUACAACUGCGACCCUGAACACACUACAAAAAUGACCUCCAGCAUAGAUCGGGAUGAUAGCAGUAUUUUUGAUGGGUUGAUGGAAGAAGAUGAGAAGGACAAAGCAAAAAGAGUUUCUAGGAACAAGUCUGAGAAGAAGAGGCGGGACCAGUUCAAUGUGCUCAUCAAGGAACUGGGCACCAUGUUGCCGGGCAACACCCGCAAGAUGGACAAGUCUACCAUCCUACAGAAGAGCAUUGACUUCCUGCGCAAGCAUAAAGAAAUUGCUGCACAGUCUGAAUCCAGUGAAAUACGUCAGGACUGGAAGCCACCCUUCCUUAGCAAUGAGGAGUUCACACAGCUGAUGCUGGAGGCCCUAGAUGGCUUCUUUCUGGCUAUCAUGACAGACGGCAACAUAAUCUACGUCUCAGAAAGUGUCACCUCUUUAUUGGAACAUCUACCUUCGGAUCUUGUCGACCAGAAUCUGUUGAAUUUCCUUCCCCUGGGUGAGCACUCCGAGGUGUAUAAAGCCCUGUCUACACACAUACUAGAGGGAGAGACCCUCACACCAGACUACCUAAAGACAAAAAACCAGUUAGAGUUCUGCUGCCACAUGCUCCGGGGGACAAUCGACCCCAAAGAGCCACCCGUUUAUGAGUAUGUGAAGUUCAUCGGAAACUUUAAGUCCCUCAACACUGUGCCUAACUCAACACGUAACGGCUAUGAGGGAGUGAUCCAGCGAUCGCUGAGGGCCGCAUUUGAAGACCGAGUGUGUUUCAUUGCAACUGUGAGGUUAGCCAAACCUCAGUUUAUCAAGGAAAUGUGUACUGUGGAGGAGCCAAAUGAGGAAUUUACCUCCAGACACAGUUUAGAAUGGAAAUUCCUGUUUUUGGACCACAGGGCACCUCCCAUCAUAGGUUACCUUCCUUUCGAAGUCCUGGGUACAUCGGGGUAUGACUACUACCACGUGGAUGACCUGGAGACCCUGGCCAAAUGCCAUGAACACUUGAUGCAGUACGGUAAGGGGAAGUCAUGCUAUUACCGCUUCCUAACUAAAGGUCAGCAGUGGAUCUGGCUUCAGACUCACUACUAUAUCACCUACCACCAGUGGAACUCUCGGCCAGAGUUCAUCGUCUGCACACACACUGUGGUCAGUUAUGCUGAAGUGAGGGCGGAACAGCGCAGGGAGCUGGGUAUUGAUGUGUCGCCUCCUGAGAUCUCGGCAGACAAGUCUCAAGACUCGGGCUCUGAGUCUCAGUUAAACACCUCCAGCCUGAAGGAGGCGCUGGAGCGCUUUGAUCACAGCCGCACGCCGUCAGCCUCCUCAAGGAGCUCUCGCAAAUCCUCCUCACACACCGCUCUCUCUGACCCCACAUCCACACAAACAAAGCUGCAGACAGACCAUAGCACACCGCCUCGCCAAUCAGUGUCAGCCAUUGAGAUGACAUCACAGCGGAGGUCCUCCAUUAGCAGUCAGUCGAUGAGCUCUCAAAACACAGGGCAGACAAUGGCCACAUCUCUGGUGUCUCAGCCUCAGCAGCUGCAGACUCUGCAGCCCACUGUGCAGCCAGUGCUGCAGUUUUCCACACAGAUGGAUGCAAUGCAACAUCUCAAGGAGCAGCUGGAACAGCGCACACGCAUGAUUGAGGCCAACAUCCAGAGACAACAAGAAGAACUGCGGCAAAUCCAGGAAGAGCUGCAGAAGGUGCAGGGACAGGGCCUACAAAUGUUCUUGCAGCCAGGAGGAGGCGGUCUUAACCUUGGCUCAGUGCAGUUGACGCAGGGGUCAUCUGUGCAGCCAGGAGGCGCUCUUUCCAUGCAGGGGGCAGUGGUGUCAGCAGGGAAUCUGCAGAGUGGCCUGCAAUCCACACAUACAGGGACACAGCACACUGUCCAACAGCAUCCACAGCAGGCACCCCUACAACAACAGAACCUUCUCAGAGAUCAGAGCUCCACUCUAACACAGCAGUCUCAGAGGUCGUCUCACAUGUUGCAGUCUCCUCAGGGAGCACUGCCUGCAUCUCUCUAUAACACCAUGAUGAUCUCUCAGCCGACACAGGCCAACGUAGUGCAGAUCGCCACAAGCCUGGCCCAGAACAGUAGCCCCAGCGGAGCCGCAGUUGCCACGUUCUCACAAGACCGGCAGAUACGGUUCCCCGCUGCCCCACAGCUACUUACUAAGCUUGUAACCAGUCCAAUGGCAUGCAGUGCAGUUAUGGUGCCUACCACCAUGUUCAUGGGGCAGGUGGUGACAGCGUUUGCCCCGCAGCAGGGCCAAGCUCAAACAAUCAGUAUCACCCAGCAGCCAUCUGCGCAGACACAGGAGCAGCAAGCCCAGAUGCAGUCACAGGCAGCUGCAGGAACAACCCAACAGCAAGGCCAGGCCCAGGCUCAGCUUGCCCAGCAGCAAACACAGUUCCUACAGGCACCGCAUCUUUUACACAGCAAUCAGUCUGCCCAGCUCAUACUUCAGGCAGCAUUUCCUCUGCAGCAGCAAGGUGCGUUUGCAGCCACAACACAACAACAGCAGCAACUACAGCAGCAGCAGCUGCAGCAUCAACAACAACAGCUGCAACAGCAGCAUCAACAACAACAGCAGCAGCUGCAACAGCAGCAGCAUCAACAACAGCAGCAGCUGCAGCAGCAGCUCCAGCAACAGCAGCAACUGGCAGCUCAUAGGUCAGACAGCAUGUCAGACCGCUCCAACGCACAGCCACAGUAACUGAGCCUUGGCUGAUCACAGGGCAGCAGGGGCCGAACCAAGUCUCCAUUGAGCAGUCUUGCAUUCUGGUAGUGGUCCAAAAGGGGUUGUUUGGAGCUGAAUGAAAACUAUAGCAGUAUUUGUACUGUACCCUUUCAGAUACCCUUCCCUUUCCACUGCUUGGAGGUUCAGGAGAAGGGCAAGACCUAAAGUGGUGUUGUUUUCCACCCUAUGCCCUCUCUGACCUAUGUUUUGAUCAGUGGCUGCUUGCACUGAAUUCUGGAAGAGGUCCGAACACGAAACACCAAACUUUCUGCUGGCUGGUGGCAGAGAAGCAGGUUCCUGGUUUGUUUUCAUAACCCUGCGUGCUCCUCAACCUGUCACCUCCACAAAAACAAGGGGGAGAAGGGUUCCACCCUCCCCUUUAUCAUGUCCGUUUGUCUUGUACACCCAAUGUGUGCUGUUGUCACCCUUUCACAGGUUUAAUUUAUGCAGAACACUCUGGUUCACGAGCUGGAGCAAGUACUUCAAGACUUCGAAGAAGUCCUCCUGGACAAACAGCGCCUCUUUGUCUGUCUCUAAUUUUCUUUUUCUCCUUUCCCCUCUCUUGCUCUUUCCUUCUCAUUUUACUUCUCGAAAGUAAUUAUGGGUCAGAAAAUAUUUUUAAGAACGACACGUGGAUUCAACUUUUAUUGUACAGUUCACCUGUAAAAUUUUGUGUAAAUAUGUGGACAAAAGGAAAGAGAAACUAAUAUUUUAUAUGAUGCAUGAGAUGAAAAGUGUAGUCUGUUAUUUGUAGCUUUGAAAAUACUUUUUUUCUAACAUUCAAAGGAAAAAAAGCAAACUUAUUACACAUGAUGGCUGAUCUCUUUACAGACUUACUUUUUCCAGUGGGAUGGGGGGUGAGUGUGUGGGUAUGUGCUUGCCUCAUGUGUUUGUAUGUAUGUGUGUCUGCCUGGAAUGUGUGUCUAGAAUGCUUUAUCCGCAGUUUGUGUCACAGUUGGUUUAAAAACUGCCUUCAUAUUUUAGUAAAACUGUUAUAUAUAAAGAUAUAUUGCUUUGUGUUAUACAGUGACACCUUAGUAACUGCAAAAAUAUUGAUCUACAUAUUUGCAGAGGUUUUUCCUUUGUAAAUACUUAGAAUAGGAUUUAGUACAUUACGUGGUUAGACAAAAAUCUAAAAAUGGUGCUUCGACUGUUACACUGUGCAGUUGUGCACCACUGCAUCAUAAUCAUUACAGGUUUUGAAGGCUGUGAAUGGCCUCUAAUGACAUUCACUAUUAUGUACCAAUGUUUUAUAUUUAAAACUGAAUGCAGGAUUAUGAAGAUGAGAAAUAUAUUUACAUAAUGUGUAACAAUCUUAAAUCAUACAGGUAAAAUUGCUUAGGGCUAAGCUAUAGUUUCCUCUAGUUUUAAAAUUGUUUACAGUAUGGUUGUUUACACUGUUGUACAGUGUUUUAGGGUAUGAUUGUACUAGAUGGCUAAGAAAAGAAAGAUAUAGAAAUAUAAUUUCACAGAACCAAACCUAAUUGUCAUUUAGAUAGUAAAUUGUCAUGUUUGCACAGCUUUAAUGCAGAUGUUAAUGUUGGAUCUGGACAAACAAUGAAAUUUCAGUGCAGUUAAAUGCAUCUCCCAUGACUUGACUUUGCAACCAAUCUUCCAGACAACUCUGGAAAAGCAGGAAUGUAUAGGCUUAAUAAAGUACCUCUGUAACAAUGACAUGUAAAGAAUAUAGCUGCAGGAGCAUUAUAGCAACUCCUGAUCUAUACCAUAGGAUAACAUGGUAUUUGUUUGGUGAUUUAGGUCUACCAAAGUGUAGAACUAUAACACUUAUAGGCGAAUGAUCAGAUCUAGUUUUGCCCAAAGCACAAGCUUUAGCUUUUUCAUAAUGAAAACCCAAAUUUUGACAAUCUGAAUCUAAAUAAAUUUGCUCAAUGUAGUAUUAACAUUUUAGAUAUGCCAGAUUUACAGUAAAUACAUCCAAUGUUUAAAUUUUAAUUGUGACUCUCUUUUAAGCUGCUCAAUUAAGUGGCUUCCACAUGACUCGCGUCAAGGCUUCAGCGCAUCGCUCAAUGGCAGGGAAAAAUGCUGCUUUGAGGUCCAGAUGAAAUGUCUCAUUUUUAUUUUAGUGGUGGUACUGAUGGAUCACCUUAAUUUUCCAGUAAUCAUUGGCUGAUGCUUCAAAAGGUCAACGGCACCUGGUCAAAGUUGAAUUUUUUUUUAACUUUGAGCACCGCGUUACAUCUCUUGAUGGAAGCGCAAUGUGUUGCCAGGGGUAAUGCUGGAGCUGAUGCUUUACUCUAUAGAGUUCAGUGUAUUUGGCAACAGUGAAGUGAGUUAUGUGGAAGGGCAUUGUUAGAACAGAAAUUUAGCUAUCAUGAAUUUUCAAAUUCAAGAGUACAUUUUUCUGUAGGGAAGCAGUACCUGUACCUGUUAGACAGCUAAUACAGUUCACAACUAAGAUUUUUGCUGUUAAAUGAAUCUUCCAUAUAAAAUAAUAAUAAUAAUAAUAAUACACUAUACAUUUUUAGCUUUUAUUAUAAAAGUGAAAAAGUCACUUUCAUUAGCACUUUCGGAUGACAGGUAUUUAUUGAUAAAUUGCUCUUGUCUGAAGAUCAUGUUAUUAAUUUUUAUUAUUCUAUCUAAUUUUCAAAGGAUAGUGCACUAAUGAGCAAUAUUGCCUUAUUCAGGUUAGUACAAGUAGUCAGGUUCUGUAAAUUAAAAUGUUUAUCAUAUCAGACCUCAGUAUAUUAGUGCCAGUCAGAAUGUUUUGUUUGCAUGGGAUAUUUAAGCCAACAACCCCAGAGUUCUGGUCUAUUCACAGUUCAUAUUGCAGUAUCCAUCCAAUUACAGAGUAACCCCAGUAAUCUUUGGUAAUGCAGUAUGUAAUCUAAAUCUGUGCCACUAGGUUACUCAUAUUCGUUCAGUCAGUCAAUCCCAUUGUAUAUGGUGGUCACCAGUUUGGCCAUUGAAUUGUCUUCUACUAAAAUAGAUUGGUGUACUUUUCAGUGCUACUGACAUCUCUUCUCUUUAAAAUGUAAUGUAUGUGACUGUGUUAUCAAUGUUUUCCCCCCGACUGAACAGCAUGACUAGAAACAGGCUAGGCAGGAUUAUUGCCUGAAUGUAAAAAUGUCACUUAGCUUUAUAGUGGGUAUGCUUUAUAGUAGGUAUGCAUCCUAACUCUAGAAUCCCAUCUAAUCUGUUUUGUAACCAUGGACAUUUUAGAUAGAAUCUCAUUUCAAACAUAGAUCUUUUGGCCACAUCCACACUUUUUCAUUUCUGUUUGAAAACGCACUUAUUUAGCUACAUUUACACAUCUUAUCCACACUGGAAUGGUGUUUUCCUCCACUGAAAACACUCUCCAUAACCACAAAGUUUGGAAAACUAUGAUGUUGGGAAAUGAAACAGAGUUUUUAAACAAAAACGGAUGUACCCUUUUCACAGACCUAUGAUGAUGCAUUUCCGCCAUAUUUAGGGGUGUAAAUAUAGUAAACUAUUUAGUGCAAAUAAAAAAAAUAAAAAACGAGUUACCACAGCUGCUAAGUAUCAGAAAAUUUGCCAUCUUGUCUCUUCUGACUGUCGUAAUCAACCACUCUAUUUUUUCUUAAUUUGAAAAGUUGUGGAAAUGUAAUAGUGCCAUUUUUCUUUUGAUGUUGGAGCAAAUGUGUAAGGAAAAAUUAUAUUUGCCGUGGUCUCCCAUUCACUGCUAUUGAGGUUUACCCUGCAAUCCUUUACAUUCCGCAUUCCAAAACCCGGAAGUGUGAAAAGGGUUAAUUGAUUUUGCUAUGUUUACGCCACCAACAAAUCUGUUCUCCAUAAUCGCAUAUUUGGGAAAACGAUUACAAUGGGAAACUGAAAACAGAGUUUUCAAAUGAAAAUGGAUUGAUCUCAUCAACACUGGAAUGGCUAUUUCCUCCACCGAAAACUGAGACUUUCGAAAACACUCUCCAUAACUGCAUAGUUAAGAAAAUGAUGAUGUUAGGAAAAUAAAAACAGAGUUUUCAAAUGAAAACAGAUUGAUGUUGCUACAUUUACACCUCUCAUGCACACUGGAAUGACAUUGUCCCCCACCGAAAGUUGAGACUUCAAAAGACUCGAAAACGCUCUCCAUAACAGCAUAUUUGGGAAAUCGCUGACAUUAGGAAGCUGAAAACUGAGUUUUCAAACAAAAAUGGAUUAGUGUUUAUCUUGCCUUAGACUUUAAAUAGGGCAUUUCUUUAAUACGGCCCCAACGUGCACAUUCUUAACCAUUUAACACUUAAUAAAUAAAGCAUAUUUUAAAGAGGGAUAUAUACAAAUCAUAGAUUUUAUUUUUCUACAGCAAAGUCAGAACAGAGAAUUUAUGCAGCUAGGCUAUACUUGAUGUGUAAAACACCUGUUAUAAAUGCCUUUUGCUAAGAAAGGGAACCAAUAAUAAAGCUUACUCCAUAUUGUAACCUCAGAUGAAGGAUUUAAACAAACUGUGACACACUGCUGGACCAGUCGAACUUUCUCCCAACAAUGCAGUUGGAUUCUGGAAGUGGUUAUUUUAAAGUCUUUGCCUGUAUGUAAGAGAGGUCAUUUAUGCUCCAGGCUCCUGCUUAUGUUAUGGAGUAUUUGAAGGUAAUUUUUUUUUUAAUUUUUAUUAUAACUAGUCUUGAUUAAUAAGUAUAGGACACAUACAAAUUCAGGCUGGGCCUAGAAUGACCCUAUCCUUUGAUGCAUAACACAUCCUUACUUUGUCACAAACUGGCAUCAGAUGUCAGCAGUUGACACUUGGGAUGAUGUUUUAGAGUUCAAGGGGUUGAGUUUUUUUUUUCUGCACUGAUUUGUAUUGUGAGCCCCAAGGUAACAGUGAAAUGUCGUGGCUUCCUCGGGUUGGUUCAGAAUACUCAAUUCACAUCAGUUAUUUUUUCUUUUCUCACACUUUAUUUAUCUUGUGCUAGUGACCUCUUCAAUGAAAUGCUUUCUUCUGCACUUACCAUAAAGAGACACAAAAACAGCAGUUUCCCCUCCUUCAAAAUAUAGUUACCCUCGAAUGUUAUGUACCCCUAAAUUGUUUUUUGUGCUCAGUGCAACUUCAACAUGUCAGUUGGUAUUUAGUGAUUAAUCCAAAGAGCUAGAAGGAAAGAUUGGGAGUACUUCAAAUCUUGUUAAAUUUGUUUGCAAAACUUUAAUGCUCAUCUUAAAGAUGCCCAAUGGAAAAGGUGGUGUUGAACCAAGUUUAAUGUUUUGUAGUUCUGAUGUACUCACUAGAAGUUCUGAAUGUCUAUCAGUGUUCUCUCUUGCUAUCAUUUAAUCUUUGUACGUGUGAUGUUCUUCGCAGAGCACUUGUGUUUGGCUCAUGAAAUGUAUCUGUUCAGUACACUUUAUGAAAAGCUAAAAAAAUAAUUUAAAAACACCUAUAAAUAGGUUUCACAUGAUAAUUCAUUCUAUGGGGCUACCAGAGCAUGGCUCUUUUUUUCCUAAUAUCAAAGAAAAUACUGUAAUAGCAGAAAUAAAAUAAAAAAAUUGUGUGCUGUAUGGGGUUCAUUUUGUGAGCCAGGCAAUUCUUACAUUAACAAAGAAAUAAUGGAACCUUUUUAAACAAUGUUCCAUUUAUUCCCCUUAUUCAAUUUUGAAA